AUGAAACGCAAGGCGGGCAUUGCACAAGAACAACACGAGGAUAGCUACCGUUGCGCGGGCGGCAACAAGCUCAUUAAAAUAACAGUUAACAAUCGCAUUUAUGUGGGAUUUCAGCUGAUUGAUCGAUCUCAGCUUGUUCCUAUCUAUCCAUCUAUCUAUCUAUCUAUCUAUCCCUGUUUGCGUAUCUAUUUAUCUAUCUAUCUAAAUCUUUUAAGUAUAAUUUUUCUAUCUAUCUAUCUAUAUAAUCAAUUGUCUGUUCCUAUCUAUCUAUCUAUCUCUGUCCUUUUCAUGACUAUCUAUCUAUCUUCGCCUGUUCAUUAUCUAUCUAUCUCACUCUGUUCAUAUUUAUCUAUCUAUGUAUCCAUGUAUCUAUCUAUCUAUCUAUCUAUCUAUCUAUCUAUCUAUCUAUAUAUAUAUAUAUAUAUAUAUAUAUAUAUAUAUAUAUAUAUAUAUAUAUCAGUUAGCUCAUCAUCUAUCUAUCUAUCUAUCUAUCUAUCUAUCUAUCACAGCCUGUUCAUAUCUCUGUAUCCCAACCAGUUCAUAUCUAUCUAUCUAUCUAUCUAUCUAUCUAUCUAUCUAUCUAUCUAUCUAUCUAUCUAUUGUACUGUGUCCAUAUUUAUCUAUCUAUUUAUCUAUCUCAGUCUGUUCAUAUCUACCUAUCUCAGCCUGUUCAUAUCUCUCUAUCCCAGCCAGUUCAUAUCUAUCUAUCUAUCUAUCUAUCUAUCUAUCUAUCUAUCUAUCUAUCUUCAGUGUCUCAAUCUCUUCAUAUCUAUUUAUCUAUCUAAGCCUGUUCAUUAUCUAUCUAUCUCACUCUGUUCAUAUCUAUCUAUCUACCUCUGUAAAUAUCUAUCUAUUUACUUAUCUCUCUCUCUCUCUCUCUCUCUCUCUAUCUAUCUAUCUAUCUAUCUAUAUAUAUAUAUAUAUAUAUAUAUCAGUCUGCUCAUAUCUAUCUAUCUAUCUAUUCAUCUAUCUAUCUAUCUAUCUCAGUCUGCUCAUAUCUACCUAUCUUUGUUCAUAUCUAUCUAUCUAUCUAUCUAUCUAUCUAUCUAUCUAUCUAUCUGUCUGUCUGUCCCCAUCUAUCUAUCUAUAUAUCUAUCUCAGCCUGUUCAUAUCCAUCUAUCUAUCUAUCUCAGUCUAUUCAUACCUAUCUAUCGCAGGCUAUCAAAACACUUUUUCUUAUUCUCUCUAUUUUUUUUUGUUUAUCCUUUCCCUCUUCGAUUCACACUUCUCUUCAUCGGCCCUCCUUUCUUUGUAUUUUUGUCGUCCUUUCGCGUCCCUCUCUUCUUUCCCUUUGUUAAUGAUUCUAAUCACAUGAGAUCACGCUAUCGAUGUUUAUUUAUUGAUUACCAACGUCGCAUAGCAGCAACUCAAUAUUCCCCGUUAACCACGUCCAAAGAAACAAAUUCUCCCUGUCUUUUUCUUUUUUUUACUUUCUCAGACCUCAUCUUUUUUUGCUUUUAA